AAUUUAAAUUAAGGGAAAACAACACGCGUAAUGAGAUAUUUGAUCUGCAUCUUGCUUUCGUAUUUUCAGUAACGAUGCAUUUUCUUCAAUGGCCUCCAGACAUCUAGUUUAAGUUAAUUCUAAGUGAACUACUUUCGAGGAGAGGAUAAGUGUAAAAGAAACUUGAGAUCGAAAUCUGUGCCGAGUCACAAUGUUAAAGCUAAUAAACAUACCAACUCUAGCUAGUUUACAAGGGAGAGCAGUAUGCCCCAAACAUUUCAUCAGAGCAGUUACAAAUUUCCAUUGGCAUAGCAAUACAAAUGUCAGAUUCCAGGAAAAUAAAUUAAGGAAUAGACAAUCACAGUGUGUUGAUUGCAAACCUUUUGUUUUAUCCAAUGCUGUGGAUCAGUGCAGGACACUUCAUGAAAAAAGAACACAUUUAGCAGAUAAGGUUUUACCCACAGACAACAUUCACUGGAGGCAGGUCUCAAGUUUUCAUCAACUGAAUUCAUUUACACUUGGUACUUAUAAAAUUUCAGUGCUGAACACUUAUUGCUUAAAUGAUAGUAGAAUUAUCCAGAGAAGGCAUUUCAAGCUCUCCCCACGAGAUAUACUAGAGGCUUCUCCUUCAGUUUUACAACCUUAUAUGAGAUUGAUCCGAUUUGACAAACCAAUUGGUACCUGGUUAUUAUUUUGGCCCUGUACUUGGAGUAUCGCCCUGGCCACAGCUCCUGGCAGCCUGCCAAGCCUGUGGCUUCUAGGACUGUUUGGCGCCGGGUCAUUUUUCAUGAGAGGGGCGGGGUGUAUCAUCAAUGAUAUGUGGGACAAAGACUUUGACAGGAAGGUUGAAAGAACCAAGUUACGUCCCUUGGCUAGCGGAGAGUUGUCCCAGUUUCAAGGUUUGGUGUGUCUUGCUGGGAUGUUAUCAAUAUCACUGGGAAUACUUCUGCAGCUGAACUGGUACAGUGUGAUCCUUGGUGCAGCAUCCAUGGGACUGGUGAUAACAUAUCCCCUAGCAAAGAGAUUCACAUUCUGGCCACAAGCAUUACUAGGCCUAACUUUUAACUACGGAGCUCUGCUAGGCUGGGCGGCUGUCACAGGUUCACUAGACCCCCUCUCUGUUCUACCUCUGUAUAUAAGUGGCUUUUGCUGGACCAUGGUUUAUGACACCAUAUAUGCCCAUCAAGAUAAAUACGACGACAUGUUAAUCGGGGUGAAGUCUACAGCCCUGAAGUUUGGGGAUCAGACCAAGACGUGGUUGACAGGGUUUGGGACCGGUAUGGUGUCCUUACUGGUCCUGACGGGGAAGAUGUGUGACCAGACCUGGCCGUAUUAUACAGCCGUGUCACUGACAGCAGCUCAUAUUGCCCAUCAGUUGUAUACUGUAGACUUGGAAAAUCCUGAUGACUGCGCAAAAAAAUUCCGCUCCAACACUCAACUUGGUUGUGUGAUGUUCCUUGGAAUUGUUUUUGGAACUCUUCUAAAGAAGAAGGAAAAUAACUCAAAGCAGAAACAGAAAGACUAUUAAGCAUCAUUAUUAAAAGUCGAAUCAUAAAGAAAUAAUUGAUACAUUUAAGCAUAUAUUGUUUGGAGGUAUUAAGAAUUUUUUAUUUGUUUAAAAUAAAAGAAAAUAUUUAGUAAUUUUUGCUCAA